AUGGAUUUUUUUUGGAAGAAGUGGACAUGGAUUUUGAGCCUAGUCAUGGUUUCAGCGGAAUUUCACAGUGACAACAAGCUUUCAUAUAGUUCUCAAGAGGAAUUCCUGUCUUACCUUGAACACUACCAACUAACAAUCCCAGUAAGGGUUGAUCAAAAUGGAGCCUUCCUCAGCUUUACUGUGAAAAAUGCUAAACCUUCAAGGAGGAGGAGGAGUAUAGACCCUUAUGACCAAGAACUGGCAGCAUCUAAAUUAUUUUUUAAACUUUCUGCCUAUGGCAAGCACUUUCAUUUAAACCUGACUCUCAACACAGAUUUGGUGUCCAGACAUUUUACAGUAGAAUACUGGGGGAAAGAUGGACCACAAUGGAAGCAUGAUUUUUUAGACCACUGUCAUUACACAGGAUAUUUGCAAGACCAAGACAGUACAACUAAAGUGGCCUUAAGCAACUGCAAUGGUCUG